CCUUUUUUCCUGCAGAAUACUUUUACUUUUAAAAAUUUAAGUAGGCCUAUCUUAAUCAUACUUACAUACUUUUACUUAAGUAAGGUUUUGAAUUCAGUAUUUUACUUGUUGUGGAGUAUUUUCACAGUGUGGCAUUAAUUAAAGGAUCUGCAUACUUCCAAACACUAAAACGUUUAAUGUAAGGUAAGUUGCACCACUUUAGCAGCCACAAAAGUGUGUGCAAAUAUUGUGGAAUAAAACUUAAAAAUAAUUGUAAGAAACCCUAUAUGUAAGUAGACAAUAAAACUGGAUUUGCACGUGUCUCACCCCUUUGGCUUAGAAAUUUAGAAAAAAGGUGACCUGAAAAAACAGUGAAACCACCGGGCUUCCUCUUUCUCAGGGUCACUGCGCCCUCGACAGGAAGAGGUUUAGGUCAAGCCUUGCGGUUCGCUCCACUAGAUGGCGAGAAAUACAAUAGAAUAAGAGCAUGUAGAAUGAGCCGGGCUGUAUGGCCUUGUGAAAUGGCGUCCUGAUGAGAUGGUGCUGUUAGUUAUUUGCCUAGUCACCACUAGUCUAAAAUAAAUAGACCUACAGCGAAGCUAAAUUUUGCCAUGCAGAAAAAUUCAUUAAAGGGAAAUGGCACUGUAUGUUCUUGUGAACUGAAGCCUAAUAAAUUACAGUUAAAAAAUGUAUAUCAUGUUCAACAGUUGAUAAGUUGUGGCUGCGUACGCAGUAACUUAACUCCAGUGGGUGGCAUGGUGGGUUUCUCCACUGUACGCAUACACGCAGUGGAUAUAACACUACAGUACAUAAGAGUGCGUACUUCUGGCUCCACAUCACACAAUUUAUACGAGCUAUGUUUACACCUCUCAUCGGUUCACCGCCUCACUUGUCUGAAACUGAAGAAAAGCUUCUUGGGAAAUGCAUUCGUGACAUAAUUUCUUACCAACAGCGGCGAUUGCAGCACGCAUACUGGCACAAUACACUCCCCACAAUCCACUGCGUUGUUGUUAGCGACCCCAUCUUGUGUCCUCCUCAUGAAUAUAUAGCAGUCAGUAUUUGCGUAGGAGGUCGGCCGACGUUCAUUUCAUAUUCCAGCGCUGUAUCUUGGUCUAAAUGGGACGCACAGUCACGUCGCCGCCCUGAUAUGUCCCGGCGCGCCCAGCCUCUUCUCAGCGAAUUGAAUCGGUAAAAUGUUUUUUUUGGAGCAACGGAGGAGACUCCGACAGGGAAAGGAAGACAAGAGUGAAUGACUACUAGUGGAAUAUAAGUCAGCAACACCGCCCAGCUGACGGACAUUUACCGCGCGUUGGGAACGUAUUCAGGCUUUUAAAUGUAGUGGUUGUAGGUGUAACCAAGUGCGCACCGUUAUUUAUUUAGAGUGGGGGACUUUUCAUUGGCAGAGAUGGAAAGUGUGCAGGCUCUCGCUGAGGAUGGCGCGUCGGAUGGAGGCGCGACCAAGUUAAUGAAGAAGCCCAGCGGACUGUCUGUCGCCCCGGGGACUCCAGCGGAUGAUGGCGGUGGACAUUUGGCACCCUCCUGCGUAGAGGCAAAGAACGGGAAUACCCUCUCACAUUCCGCCUCUACAGUGGGAUCUAGUGCGUCAAACCGAACUGUGGCGUCUAAUGGCCGGGGCUCAUCCAGCAACUCCAGCUCUCUCCUGUUGAGACGAAGGCGCUUGAAGAGGAACCUCUCCGCCGCAGCUGCAGCCACCGCCACCUCAGCUGUCACUGCCGCCUGCGGCGCCAAGAUGAACUCGGCCCUGUCCUCUGCGUCUUUACAUACUCGGAGUCUGGAUAGGAAGACUCUGCUGAAGCACCGACAGAACAUGCAGCUGCAGCCCGUAGAUCGCGAGUGGGUGAGAGCAGAUCUCCACCGGGGCUCCAUACAUGUCCACGACAGACUGACGCCCUCAUAUCCCAGACCGGUCCUUUGCACUAUGGACACAACAGCCGGCGAGGUGGCGCUCCGUCUGAGUAAACUCUGCAGUAAGUCGAGCUCCGUUAUGCGCAUUUUUUGUAAAGAUAACCCCAAGACUGACCAAAAUGGAAACUGCAAUAUGAAGUAUGAAUAUAAUGAUAACCCAUGUAAGGUGAAUGAAGACUCUAGUAUAAAAUGCAACCACCUGACACCCCUGGAAUCCACAGAGUUAAGGGGCCAUCCAAGUGACAGGUUGAGACUGCUGCUCAUGGGGAAUGCAGAUGAGAGGCAAAAGCAACAGGACGUUGAUGGAAAACUUUUCACCCCAGAAUCAGAGUCACAAGACAACAUAGCCUGUUCACUGUCAUAUUUAAACUCUAACUCUAACAUGGAUACCCCCAAUGAUGAUGACUCUGAGCACAGGAACGGUGUGGACAGCUAUGGAUUAAAUUCUGGCUCAGAUGUGGAGAGCAGUGCGUUUGAUGAGCUGAGCUCCGGGGCCCGGCUCAGCGAGCACAGGGACUCCCUCAGUGAUGACAUGGUCCUCGGCACAGAGGCGUCCAUCCUCAGCCCCUCAUUUGAUAGUGCCACAGAGGGCCACGACAUGUAUGGCAGCUCCUCGGACGAACUGGAGCUUGACUGUCCUGCGUCGAGCACAAGCAUGGACCCCAUCUCCCAACAUCACACCAAUGGAAUCAACGCUGUCACUGCCAACUACAAGCAGUGCAACAAUGGACAUUUAAACAACAUGUCAAACAACAUGGGGCCAGAUAGCAGACUCAACCCACACAGUCUGGGCAGCCUGCCACCCAGCAGUAGUGCCGGCUCUUUGUCAAGAGCCUGUUCUACAGGUAAUACACCUGACAUCCAAGAUCUGGACUGUGGCCAAAGUGCUGUAAAAUCAGGGCUGACAGCAGAUCACAAUGGAGAUUCCUGUGAUUCUAGCCCCACACUUUAUGUUCAGCUGCAUGGUGAAGCUGUCAGAAGGCUUAGCCCAGAUGAGAGGCCUCUGCAGAUCCAGAAUGACUUUCUCUUUAAGCUUGGAUUUAAGGACCCGUGGAGAGUUCAAGAGGAAGGGCUUAACACAGAAAUUGGCUCCUUGUUACGUUUCUAUGCAGGGAAGCCCCAAAGCAUCGAGAGCUCAGAGCGGGUCCAGCUGUCGGGGACAUACAACGUUCGGAAAGGGAAGCUCCAGCUACCGGUCAACCGCUGGACCAGACGGCAGGUCAUCCUGUGCGGCACCUGCCUCAUCGUCUCCUCUGUCAAGGAGAGCCAGACAGGGAAGAUGCACAUCCUGCCGCUCAUUGGAGGAAAAGUGGAGGAGGUGAAGAAGCACAGUCACUGCUUGGCCUUCAGCUCAGCGGGGCCUCAAAGUCAAACCUACUACGUCAGCUUUGACAGCUUCACGGAGCACCUGCGCUGGCACAGACACGCUGCUAAGAUGGUGUCCCAGAGAAUCAAUUCGGUAGAUCUGUCCUGCUGCAGCCUGGAGCAGCUUCCUCCCAACCUCUUCUACAGCCAGGACCUCACCCACCUCAAUCUAAAACACAACUUCCUGCCCGCAGACCAGCGGCUGCAGCAGCUGCAGAGAUUUUCUCGUCUGCGGAGCCUCAACUUGUCCAACAACCACCUUGGUCAGUUCCCCCUGGCCAUCUGUGACAUCCCCACGCUGACGGAGGUCAACCUCAGCUGUAACUACCUGUCCUCUGUCCCCAGCUCUGUGGGAGCCAUGACCAAUUUGCAGACGUUCCUGUUGGACGGCAACAGUCUAGAUGAGCUGCCCAAUGAGCUGGGUUCCCUCCAGAGGCUGAGUUACGUAGGCCUUUCCUUCAACCAAUUCAACCACGUGCCCCAGGUGCUGGAGCAGUUGGCGUCCAUGGAGAAGCUGUGCAUGGCAGGAAACAACCUAGAAACACUCACCCUGCAGAAUUUCAGACUGCUCCGUGUCAAACACAUCGAUCUAAGGUUGAAUAAGAUCUCCAGCAUGGUGCCAGAUGAGCCCGACCUGCUGAGGCACGUGACCCAGCUGGAUGUGAGGGAUAACAGGCUGACGGACCUGGACGCCUCAGUCUUCCCCAGACUGGAGGUGCUUCACUGUGAGAGGAACCGCAUCAUCAGCCUCAAGGCCAAGGGUUGCUUGCUCAAAGGCAUCUACGCCUCCAACAACGAGCUACGACAACUGGAUGUCAGUCCUGUGCCCUCCAAUCUUAGUUACAUGGACAUCUCGAGGAACCAUAUGGAGUCCUUGCCAGACUGGCUGUGUGAAGCUAAGAAACUGGAAGUUCUGGAUGUGAGCCACAACCUCUUCAGUGAUCUCCCGGCGCGGUUGUUAUGCAGCAACAGUCUGAGGAAGCUGAGUGCAGGACAUAACCAGUUGCAGAAGCUGCCUGAAAGAGUGGAGCGCCCUCUGCUGGAGGUUUUAGAUGUACAGCACAAUCAACUGGUGGAGCUGCCUUGCAACCUGUUCCUCAAAUCUGACAGCUUACGAUGCGUAAAUGCAUCAGCCAAUAAGCUGGAGCACCUGCCGCCAUCCAGCCUAUCAGAAGAGAGCCACAGCAUCCUGCAGGAACUCUACCUGACCAAUAACCGGCUGACAGACAAGUGUGUACCCAUGUUAACGGGCCACACACACCUUCGUGUUCUGCACAUGGCCUACAACCAUCUCCAGACCUUCCCGGCUAGUAAAAUGGCCAAGUUGGAGGAGCUGGAGGAGGUGGACCUUAGCGGAAACAUGCUGAAGACUGUGCCUACCACCAUCAUGAAUUGCCGGCGAAUGCACACACUCAUCGCCCACUCCAACUCCAUCGAGGUCUUUCCUGAAGUCAUGCAGCUGAUGGAGAUGAAAUGUGUGGAUCUGAGCUGUAAUGAGCUGAAUGAGAUCACUCUGCCAGAGAAUCUGCCUCCCAAGCUCCAGGAGCUGGACCUGACUGGAAACCCUCGUCUUAACCUGGACCACAAGACCCUCGAGCAGCUCAAUAAUAUUCGCUGCUUCCGUAUUGAUCCGCCUCCAACCUUUUCAAAUGAGGCAUCUGGUGGGCCCGCUGUGUGGAGUCAUGGUUACACAGAGGCCUCGGGCGUCAAGAACAAACUGUGUGUUGCGGCUCUGUCAGUAAACAGUUUCUGCGGGAGUCGUGAGGCUCUGUACGGUGUGUUUGAUGGGGACAGGAAUGUGGAAGUGCCCUAUCUUUUGCAGUGCACAAUGAAUGACGUGUUGGCUGAAGAACUACACAAGACCAAGAGUGAAGAGGACUACAUGACCAACACAUUCCUCGUCAUGCAAAGGAAACUGGGAACUGCAGGGCAGAAACUGGGUGGCUCGGCGGCUCUGUGUCACAUUCGCCAUGACCCCACCGACCCCGGUGGCUGCUUCACCCUCACAGCUGCUAAUGUGGGCAAGUGCCAGGCCAUCCUCUGCCGCGACGGAAAGCCAUUGUCGCUGUCACUGCUUCACAAUGUAGGGCUUGAGGAGGAAUACCGCAGGAUAAGGCAGCACAGGGCUAUCAUCACAGAGGACAACAAGGUGAAUGGCGUGACCGAUUCUACACGAAUCAUGGGCUACUCCUUCCUUUACCCAUCAGUUAUCCCUUGUCCCUACGUGCAGACAGUCACUCUCACACCCCAGGAUGAGUUCUUUAUCCUGGGUAGCCGGGGCCUGUGGGAUGCUGUGUCUCCCACUGAGGCUGUGGAGGCUGUUCGAAACGUCCCCGAUGGCCUGGCUGCUGCUAAGAAGCUGUGCACGCUGGCGCAGGGAUACGGCUGCACAGACAGCCUCAGUGCUGUUGUGGUCCAACUCAGUGUGAGUGAAGACUGCUGCUCCUGCUGCUGUUCUGAGCCUCCCCAGCCACCUCCUAGCCCUGGCUUGGGCCCCUAUCCCCCAUCGUCCUCUGCCAUCAAGGAGCGGCCCUCAGAUGGCUCCCUCCCAGUGCCACCUUCCUCCUGCAGUGAAAUCAGCAGUGAGAUCAGUACCAGCGAGAUGAGCAGCGAGGUUGGCUCCACAGCCUCAUCUGAUGAGCCACCACAGAGCUCCUUGGUGCUGCUGCAUGAGCAGCCCCACCAUCCUCACCUUCACCUGCACCAUCAGGCCCACUCGUUGUCCCUACAGCACCAGCAGGCCCACACAUCCACCCAGCCCUGCCAGUACCUGUUCCCAGGUUCAGAGCUGCCCUCUGCCCGCAGCUGCUGUACCCUCCAUCCUGCCUGCUUAGCAGGGUCCUUCCAGAGGCAGCUUUCUAGUGCCACCUUCUCCAGCGCCCUGUCUGACAACGGACUGGACAGCGAGGACGAGGAGCCCAUCGCUGGUGUUUUCUCUAAUGGGAGCCGUGUGGAAGUAGAGGCGGAUGUCCACUGCCUCAAAGCAGAGUCCUCCCCGUCACCCCAAACAUCAUUACCCUCGUCCUCCAGCCAGGAGCGCGCCCUGCUGACUCUUCCCCCACCUCCUCCACCACCAUGCACCCCAGAGCCCCUGGAGGAAGGGGUCGACAUGAACCUCGGUGAGGCCGAGAAUGGGCUGGAGAGAGACGAGUCGUGGCAGGGAGUCGGAGCAGGAGGUGGGGACGUAGGGAAGUUGGCAGGCAAGAGAAGGAUUAAUGGGUCGGUGGCACGCCAGGAAAAGAGUCACAACCUUAUUGAGGUGGCUGCUGACGCUCCCUCUAAGAAGUCCGGGGGUUACUUCACAGCACCGGCCCAGCCAGACCCAGAUGACCAGUUCAUCAUCCCACCUGAGCUGGAGGAGGAGGUGAAGGAAAUCAUGAAGCAGCAUCAGCAGAAACAGCAGAAGCCACCUGGGACCGAUCAGCCCACGGACUACUACGACACCCCUCUCUGAACAGCAACACCAUCAAACAGCCUCAUCUCUGCAGCUGCAGCUUGCACAGAAGCCUACCAUCAUCCUAACCACACUGAUUUUACAUAUAUGGACACAAAUAAAUGCGUUUCCUCAAGAGGCUGUAAAAUGCACAUGAAAAAGGUUAAUCAUACUUUUUCUAAACAGCCUUCCUUGCUCUACACAGCCACAUCAUUGAAGAACCAUGCACUGUAACCUGCUCCACCCAUUUUUAUCCAAGCAACUCAUAAAAUGAAACAAGCAAAUGAGCCCUUUAAUGAUACUCAACCCUGAAAAACCUGUGGACACACACCUGAUGUUCAUGGUUGUGCCCUUCUCACAGACUGUGGACCGUUGUUUUUACAUUAGACAACCAGCUGAAUAUGUAAUCAACACUAGUCUCUUUGCAAUAGCAUUAGCUCACCACAACACUUGUUAAUAUGGAUAACAAUUCCAUGGUUUGUUUGUUUGUUUUGUAAGAACUUACCAUAUCUUUUAAUGUGAAAGCAGUGAAGUUGCUGAAAGAACUUUUUAAAAACGGAGACACAUAAUCUUUUUAUUAUCAGUGAACUAUGUCAAAUGGUACACCAGUAAUACCACUCUUAAGUGUUGUAGAUAGGGCACUUAAAAUACUGUAUUUCUUCAGUAAAUCAUGGCUCUUGGCCUGUAAAAUGGCAUAGAAAUGUUUUGUAGAAAUUUUAAAUACUAACUCCUAGGAGUUGCAUACUCUUUAUGGUGACUCAGUCACUUUUACUAAUCUUCUCUGAGAGAAAUGGUGAUUUUUUUCCCCCAAUAAUUGUAAAUAAGAGAAAUGUUGUAUACUGAUGCUUUUUAAAGGAACUGCAUACCUGUAUGUCGGUGAAGGUUUUAGUGGUGGGAAGGAUGUGUGAUUCACCCCCCACCCCCAACCCCUUUAUCUUACAACGUAGACCCACAAAUACGACACACACACAUACAAAUGUAUGUGCAAUUGUAGGUCAGAAACCCGAACAUUCCAUGCAAUGUAACGACACAAAGUUGCUAUGGAUUGCUCCACUUUGUUUGAUUGUGAUGUCCUGUAGUCAUCACUGUAUCUAAUGAACACUAAUAGACAGAUCUUUGCAUGCACACUUGCAUGCACGCACAUACAUCACAUACAUACACACACACACACAUACACACACAAACACACAUACAUGCACACUUAAACGUAAUAUUAGUCCCACCUCCCUCCUACAGUAACUGUUAUCACCGGCAUGACUGUGUCAAGUUCAGUAAUACAAACAAAUAUAUCCACAUGGAAAAGAGACAACACAGAUGUUCCUGUCUUUGUUAUAAUAAAUUUUAAAUUUGUGAAUAUAA